GCAAAUUCACUUUAAUGAGACGUUAAGAAAAGUUAGUCCUUGGUUUACGGAUGAUCUCUACAAGGAAAUUGAUGAGAUCUACAUACAAACAACAAGAUACUUGAAUGGCAUUUUUGAGACUAAAAUAACGUUCAACGGCCUUGAUAUUGGACUUGAGUUGAUGAGAAUACGUGGAGGAGCAUUUAUCAAUGAACUUGCUUCACGUCUGAAAUUCAAAUUUGACUGCUACAAUAAGGAUACAGCAGAAUGCCGAUGGAUAAAAGGACUUAAGUACUAUGCUUACUCUGUGCACGAUUCGACGAUAUUUCAAUUUUUCGCAAUAAUGGGAAUUGACAGGAAAGUAAUCAAACCGGGCGUUUACCCAGCAUACGCUGCAGCCUCUUUUGUGGAGUUGUGGCGCAACGAAACCGAUAAACAGCCAUAUUUUAGGCUUCUCUACCGUGCAAACGACACAUCGCCAAUCUAUCCAAUUACAAUGGAAAUCGAUAAAUGUCAGGGAAAGGAGUUUUGUGAUCUGCAAGUAUUCAGAGACUUUGCGGAAAAAGUCAAAUUAUAUAAGCCCGUACCAGAGCUAUGUGAAGUGAAUCCAGAAGAAGAAGGCAAAGAGACUACAGAAGCAAAACAGCCCCGUACGCCACCUUCUGUUCCUGAAGAAAAAGAAGAUGGAGGAGCAUGCCUUCACAUGUUUACUUCAGCUUUAACCAUGUUGCUCUGCAUAUGUUCAAAGAUCUGA